AUGACUGAGGUGGUCCUGAAGGAUGAGGCAUCGAUGGAGAAGACUACGGAGUUGGCGACCCGUUUGGGACAGCUGGGACAAACCAGGAUCAUCAAUGGGGCGGCCCAUGCCCAGCGGCAGGCAGCAGACAUUGCUCUCCGCGAAGCAAAAGAAGAACAGCGAUUGAACCUCAUGACGGCGAAAAAAGCAGCAUCGGUGACCACGGAACUCCUGGCGCUGCGAGGAACUGGUGGUUCGGCCAAGUCACGCCGCAAGUUUGCUUCGAAAGCUAUGGCGUUGGUAUCCGACAGCCAGAAGAUGCAGGCCAGUGGUCUUCGCUUUGAGGAUGCAAACCAAGAUGACGAAGGUGAGGAGUCGGAAGACAAUGAGGCGUAA